UUGGCAAAGAAGGCGGAGAAAGGGUGUGCGCGCACGGAUGUCCGUUAGUGCUAAGGCAGCGCCCGCGCGCCUAGCGGGACUGGCGUGAAGACUGCGCGAGCGCGGGGGAAACCUGCGGUCCUGAGGCAGCGACGGGCAGAAGGUGGCUACCCGCCUUCUUCUUUGGCGACAACGGAAGCCGGUGGCGGCGUUGUAGCUCCACCCUCGGAAAGAGAAAGAGAGUGUGCCCCGAGGUGGCCGCUGAGGCAAGCGGUAGCGGCGUCGGGUUCGACAUCUUCUAGGCCGCUGUGGGCGGGGCUUAUUCGGACUUGGCCGGCCCUUUUGGGCCUAGCGCGCUUUCGGGAUGUCGGCACAGGCCCAAAUGCGUGCCAUGCUGGACCAGCUUAUGGGCACCUCUCGGGACGGUUCAAUGUAUCUAUGCCUGCCUACUUCAUUCUGCAAGGGAGUGUCAGAAAGGCCCCGCAUUCGCCGAGCCGAGAUACCACCCGUCAGCGAAUCAAAUUCAGCGACGACAGAGUGUGCAAAAGCCAUCUUCUCAACUGCUGUCCUCAUGAUGUCCUUUCUGGAACAAGAAUGGACCUUGGAGAAUGUCUGAAGGUGCAUGACCUAGCACUAAGAGCAGAUUAUGAAAUCGCAUCGAAAGAACAAGACUUUUUUUUUGAGCUUGAUGCAAGGGAUCAUCUGCAGUCAUUCAUUGCUGACUGUGACAGAAGAACUGAAGUGGCAAAGAAAAGACUGGCAGAAACCCAAGAAGAAAUCAGUGCUGAAGUUGCAGCCAAAGCUGAACGAGUCCAUGAAUUGAAUGAAGAAAUUGGGAAGCUGCUUGCCAAAGUAGAGCAACUUGGAGCUGAUGGGAAUGUGGAAGAGUCACAGAAAGUGAUGGAUGAAGUGGAGAAAGCAAGGGCAAAGAAGAGAGAAGCAGAGGAAGUGUACAGGAAUUCCAUGCCUGCUUCCAGCUUUCAGCAGCAGAAACUUCGGGUUUGUGAAGUCUGUUCAGCUUAUCUUGGUCUCCAUGAUAAUGACAGGAGGCUUGCUGAUCACUUUGGAGGAAAAUUGCAUUUGGGAUUUAUUGAAAUAAGAGAAAAGCUUGAAGAACUCAAGAGGAUUGUGGCUGAGAAGCAGGAGAAACGAAAUCAGGAGCGCCUAAAGCGGAGAGAAGAAAGAGAGAGGGAAGAAAGAGAGAAGCUAAGGAGAUCUCGUUCCCAUAGCAAGAACCCCAAAAGAUCUAGAUCCCGAGAUCGCCGCCGACAUCGAUCUCGUUCCUCCUCACGUGAACGGAAGAAAAGAACUCGAUCCAGGUCUCGCGAGAAACGUCACCGUCACAGGUCUCGCUCUAUCAGUCGCAGCAGGAGCCGUAGUCACCAGAGAAGCAGACAUAGCUCCAGGGACAGGAGCAGAGAACGAAGUUCUAAAAAAAGGUCCUCAAAAGAAAGAGCUUCCAGAGAUCAAGAACGGUCAAGAGACCAUACCAGAACAUCACGUGACAAAGAAAGAAGCCCCAGAGAAAAGUCACCUGGAGAGCGAGACUGCAAAGACAGGAAACGUUCUUAUGAAAGUGCUAAUGGUCGAUCAGAAGACAGAAGAAGCUCUGAAGAGCGUGAAGCAGGGGAAAUAUAACUGGCUGUACAUUCAUUUGAUCUUUAGCUUCCAAUGGAGUUGCAUACUGUGGUUUAGUUUACAGUUAUUCAAAGGGACACCAAUGAGCAGUACCACACACUGAUCCAACUAGGGUAGAUGUACAGUGUAUAAAAAUGGUUAUAAUGAAGUAUAAAUUGACCCCUUCAACUGAAGAUGACUUAAGCAGUGUCCUUUCCCCCUUUCCUCCAAUAAACCUGUAAAACGUAUUUUCAAAGAUCUCCAAGAAAGACAACAGUUUUAUGUACCAAGAUGUAGAUCUCUGUGUUUUAUUCUCCUUUUUCAAUACAAGUUAUAGUGAACAAAUUAUAUUGUGCUCUUUGCCUUGGAUGCUUUCAAACCUUUAUAAGCUCUAAUUUUGCUCCUCUCCAACAGCACGAAGUGGUUUUUAAAGAGGGGGGGUGGGCGGGUCCUGAGCUUUUAUUAUCACUGAAAGAUGGUGUUCUCAGUUAACUUCUUGAAAGCCUAAGAUAUUUGGCAGUGUAUUUAGACUGGGGCCAUGUGAUGGAAAAAAAAUUAAAAAACAACUUUUUUUUAAACAGUGCCUAUUUAGACUUGGAAAUUGAACAGCUAUUACAUUUCAUCCUUUUUAAAAUUUCUAUUGAAACUUUGAAAUCAAAGCCAGUCCCAUAUCUCUACCAUUUGAUUGGUAUGUGUUCAGUAUAUUUUGGUUUUUUUCCAUAAAACUUUUUUCUGCUUUUUUCUUGUGGGGUGUUAACUGCACAUCCUUAAUUGUAAAACAAUAAAUAAUAAUAAAAAUAAACAAAAGAAAAAACCAACCCCAACCAGUUUGUCCAGUGAAAUAGUUGUGUGUUUCCCUCUGCUUUCUCCCAAGUAAAUUGCAUGUUGCUCACUAUCAAGUUAAGUGUAUCUCACUGCAGAGGGAGGUGGAUCUGGAAGUUGUGAGGUGGCAGUUUAAAAAGAAUUUGAAAGAAACUUGAGUUAAAAAUGCAGAUACGUAUUAAAGAACAUUUAUUUGAAGCACAGACUAGGCUAUUCAACCAACCCUUCAGAGGAAGAUGCACUAUUAGAUUGCUCUUACACAUGCACAGUGGCAGCUUCCACUGGGAAAGGUUAACCAUAAUGUCUUAAAGCUUGUAUUAGUAUGUUCAAGAGACUUAAUUCAGUUUAAAGUGGCCAAGAAAUUUAUUGUUGAAAUUGUGACUAACUAAACUGUACUUGGUAUCCCAAGUAUGGUUCUAUGCACUGUCUUCCUUUAUUUUUCCAAAUACACAAUAUCUGAUUUAGAUUGGACUUGUGUUUCCAUAUGAUUCUCUGAUGAAUCAGUGGCCUUUGUUAAAACAUUGCUUUUCAUCAGAGCUAGGUCAGAGUAAAUUAAAAAGAUUUCUGUAAACAUGCACUGCUGGUUUCUUUUAGCUGUAUGAGAUGAGCCCAGAAGAAAACCAUAGAUACAUUUAGUGUUCUGAUUUUGGUUUGCAUUUUAAAAAAAUUGAGUUAGUUUGCUUGCAGUAGAAGAUUAAACUUAAUAGUUUUCCACAGUAGUGUACAACUUUCCAUUGCUCUGAGUGUUCUGCAUGUACCAUUUAACAUUCCACGAGUUUUCUUUUCUUUUCUGCAUCCUUCUCUGCUGUGCUGUGGACAAUAAUGAACCACAUUUUUCAAAGGGCUUAUGUAAAUUUGGUCAAUGGCUAUAGGCCUGAUUUUUCUAAUUGCAGAGAGACACUGAGCUCUGCUUCUGGAAAGUCUGCUAUUAUGGUUAAAGUAGUCUAUUUCCCUGCUGCGUUAAAGUUGCAUAUGUCAUGUUGGAAUGGUAGCUUAGUCAUUGUGUCCUGUUUGUUUGAAUUACUUAUGGAAAAAAUUUAAAGUUUGUGUGUAUUAUAUUAGACAGUGUUAUUUUCUAAAUGUCCUUUGCUAUCUGUUCACUACCCUCAUUUCUGUACAGACUGUGCUUGCAAUUCUUUUGAGAUUUAACUUGGUUUUCAAGCUGAUGAAAAAUCUGAAGCUACCCUAUAUAUUCCAUGGAAAGAAACACUUGGCCCUUCAUAUAUCAUUGGCCUGUGGUGCCUGUAGCCCUCGCCAUUGUCUGUGCUGGCUACGGUGGAUGGCAAUUGUAGUACAUCUUUUGGAUAGCCACAGAUAAAUAAAUAUGAAUUGUACUGUACUUGAAUAGAA